AUGUCUGUUUCGAUCCAAGAGCUGGACAACACGGUCCGAGCCUUCUAUGAGGGCAAGGGAGAUGUCCAAAAACAAGCCCAGCAGACUCUGACUGAGUUCAAACAAAACCCCGAUGCCUGGGUCACCGUGGGGAACAUUCUCGAGGAGGCGACGUAUCCUCAGACGAAAUGUGUGUUGUUGACGUCCCGACGCAACCACCCCGGUGGAGAAAGAGAUUUGCUAACGCCAUUAGACCUCGCCCUCCAAGUCCUCGACGAUGUGAUUAUGACCCGAUGGAAGGUCCUGCCCCGAGAUCAAUGCCAAGGGAUCCGCAAUUUCAUCGUCAAUUUCAUCAUCGAAAACUCCAACUCGGAAGAGAAGCUGCGCACCGAACGCGCCUUUCUGAACAAGCUUAACCUGGUCCUCGUUUCCAUUCUGAAGCAAGAAUGGCCCCACAACUGGCCGACGUUCAUCAACGAGAUCAUUUCUUCCUGCCAUGCCAGCCUCUCCAUCUGCGAAAACAACAUGGCCAUCCUACGGUUGCUGUCCGAGGAAGUGUUUGACUUCUCGCAGGACCAGAUGACGUCCGCCAAGGCAAGGAAUUUGAAGACAUCCAUGACCCAGGAAUUUGCGUCCAUCUUCCAACUGUGUUCCGAGGUCCUCAACACGGCCAACCAACCGUCCCUGGUCAAGGCCACCCUGGAAACCCUCUUGCGCUUUUUGAACUGGAUUCCGCUGGGUUACAUUUUCGAGACCCCCAUCAUCAACACCCUCUUGACACGGUUCUUGGACGUUCCCGACUUCCGAAAUGUCACGCUCAAGUGCCUGACGGAAAUUGGUGGUUUGCAAAUCGGGCCGCCCUACAACUACGACGAACGAUUGGUGCACAUGUUCACGGAAACCCUGACCACCGUGUCCAAUGUCAUUCCACUGUCCAUGGACCUGAAGCAAACCUAUUCGAGGAGCAAUUCGAGGGAUCAAGAGUUUGUGUCGAACCUGGCGCUUUUCCUGUCGAGCUUUUUCAGCGCCCACUUGGAUCUCAUUGAGAGAUUGCCGAAUCAGGAUUACCUGACACACGCGCAUUUGUACCUCAUCCGCAUUAGCCAGAUCGAUGAUCGAGAGGUUUUCAAGAUCUGUCUCGAUUACUGGACGCGACUUGUCCAAGAGCUCUACGAAGAGAUGCAGCAACUUCCCAUCACCGACCUCAACCCCUUGGUGACCAUGGGCGUCAGCGGUCUUUCCAAUGGCGGCGCACCCCAUCCCAGCACCCUGGCGAACUAUCCCCUUCGCAAGCACAAGUACGAAUCUGUGCUAUCAAACUUGCGCACGGUCAUGAUUGAAAAAAUGGUUCGCCCUGAGGAAGUUCUGAUUGUCGAGAACGACGAGGGUGAGAUUGUGCGUGAAUUCGUCAAGGAGAGUGACACGAUCCAGCUCUACAAGACGAUCCGCGAGUGCUUGGUCUAUCUCACUCAUCUGGACGUGGUGGAUACCGAGAAUAUCAUGAUCGACAAAUUGGCGAAGCAAGUUGAUGGCAGCGAAUGGUCAUGGGCGAACUGUAACACGCUUUGCUGGGCGAUUGGCUCAAUCUCCGGUGCCAUGAAUGAAGAAACCGAGAAACGAUUCCUGGUGACCGUGAUUAAGGACCUCCUUGGUCUGACCGAACAGAAGCGCGGCAAGGACAACAAGGCCGUCGUGGCAAGCAACAUCAUGUACAUCGUGGGUCAGUAUCCACGGUUUUUGAAAGCCCACUGGAAGUUCUUGAAGACUGUCGUCAACAAGCUCUUCGAAUUCAUGCACGAAACACACGAAGGUGUUCAGGACAUGGCGUGCGAUACUUUCAUCAAGAUCGCCAACAAAUGCCGACGCCACUUCGUGGCGCUCCAGCCUGGUGAAAAUGAAGCCUUCAUUGAGGAAAUUGUUCGCAACAUGAGAAAGAUCACCUGCGAUCUUUCCCCCCAGCAGAUCCAUACCUUCUACGAGGCCUGCGGCUACAUGAUCUCUGCCCAGGGCCAAAAGGGUCUCCAAGAUCGUCUGAUCGAAAAUUUGAUGGCGCUGCCCAAUUCGGCAUGGGAUGCUAUCAUCGCCCAAGCGAAGCAGGACUCGACGAUUCUCCAGGAUGGGGACACGAUCAAGAUCAUUGGUAACAUCAUGAAGACCAACGUCGCCGCUUGUUCUUCCAUUGGCACCUACUUCUACUCGCAGAUUGGCCGCAUUUAUCACGACAUGUUGAACAUGUAUCGUGCCGCCAGCCAACUCAUCAACGAUGCUGUUGCGCAUGAUGGCAGCAUUGCGCCGAAAACCCCUAAGGUUCGCGGGCUUCGAACCAUCAAAAAGGAGAUCUUGAAACUCAUCGACACCUAUGUCGAGAAGUCGGACGAUCUCGAAAUGGUCAAUAACAACAUGGUUCCACCGCUUCUUGAAGCCGUCCUUGUGGACUACAACCAAAACGUCCCGGACGCUCGCGAGGCAGAGGUGUUGAAUGCCAUGACCACGAUCAUCCACAAGCUUCACAAUCUCAUGGAGGACAAGGUCCCAGCCAUCAUGGAAAGCAUCUUUGACUGCACGUUGCAGAUGAUCAACAAAGAUUUCCAUGAAUACCCUGAACAUCGUGUCCAGUUCUUCAAGCUGCUUCAGGCCAUUAAUCUGUACUGCUUCCCAGCGCUCUUGAAGCUUGAUGCCACACAGUUCAAAUUUGUGAUCGAUUCUUGCAUGUGGGCCAGUAAACAUGACAACCGCGAAGUGGAGAAUACUGGUCUUACCAUGUGUCUGGAGCUGAUGAACAACAUGGCGGAGACUGAUAUGCAGACCUCGGGCAUCUUCUUCCGACAAUUCUACAUUCCGAUCCUCCAGGAUGUCUUCUUUGUCGUUACCGAUAGCGACCACAAGGCUGGAUUUAAACCCCAGGCCAUGCUCUUGUCACGCAUGUUCUACUUUGUUGAAUCUGGCAAGAUCCAGGAACCGAUCUACAGCCCUGACCAAGCUCCUGCUGGAACCUCAAACAAAGAUUUCUUGCAGGAGUAUGUUGCAAAUCUGUUGCAGAAUGCGUUCAAGAACCUCCAAGACGUACAAAUCAAGCAAUUUGUGGUCGGGCUGUUUACAUUUACCGAUGACCUAAACAAAUUCAAGACCCACCUGCGUGACUUUUUGAUCUCUCUGAAAGAGUUCUCGGGUGACAAUGCCGAGCUCUACGCUGAAGAGCGCGAGCAGGCUGUGCGUGAUGCUCAAGCAGCUGAACGGGACCGAGCAAUGAAGGUUGGGGGCUUGCUUAAGCCUUCGGAGAUGGACCAGGAGGAUGAACUAUGA